UCUUAUCGCCGCCGACAACUGAGAGUGUGAGCACGGGCUUGACCGCUUGUCUACACGUUGCGCAGGAGUAUCGCCGGGUCUGAGCUCUUCCACGGUAACAUGGAGGUGGUUGGCGCUGCCGCAAGCGCGGUCACAUUGCUCGGAGCGGCUGUAAAAGGCACCGAGGCUGUCUACCAGAUCAUCUCCAGCUUCAAACAGGCAUCGUCGCAUGCAAAAUCUCUCGAAUCGGCGAUCAACAGCCUGAAAACAGUCUUGACUCAGCUCCAGAACGACAAAGUGUUAGCUAAAGACAACCCAUAUCUCGAAGACUUAAAGAAAUUCCUGAAAGGCUACCAUGCAGACAUUCAACGCUACGAAAAGGACCUGAAGAAGACUCAAAUAGAUUCGAAGGACUCGAAAAGAGAACGUAUCUCGAAGAAGGUGAAGGGAGCAAUCCAGGGAGAAAAGGAUCUCUUGCGAAUCCUCGGAGAGGUGACGCAGCGCUGCGCAACACUUGGGACCCAGCUGAAUCUCUUUCAAUGCCACGCCACUGUGACAGCGAGAGACACGGUUCUGGAGCUAAACGCAGCCUCAUCAGCACGAGCGAACCACGAUGCAAAUCAGUCAACGCUAUUGCUCCAACAAAGCACAAGCCUGUCGACUAUCGACGAAAAGAUGGGAAACGUUCAAACUUCAUUGGGUCGAAUCCAAGAUACUGUCAUAACAACGUCCGAAAUGUUAGCGCAGAGCCCAGGGGUGUCCCGAGCGGACCACAAUGCAAAUCAGUCAACUCUCUUGGUGCAACAAAGCGCAACCUUGUCAGCCAUCGACGGAAGAGUCGGGAAUGUGCAAACUUCACUGGAUCAUGUUCAAGAUGCCCUCUCAACCAUGACCGAAAAGAUGGAACAAAUUCCUCGCGUCUCACACACGCAGAGUGAAGACAUCCGCACUCUUCUUCUUGCCCUCCAAAGCCAGAUAUCUGGGCUCUCGAAUCGAUCCACCGGGGUGCAGAGUGGCUCUCAAUCACAGUCGAUUCCAACCACAGAGAGCGGCGACAAGGUCGAGAAGGAAGCCGAGCUGGCAGAAAGUAUCGGAAGACUACGAACCUUAGCCUCGCAAAGAGAAGGCAGCGUGCGAAACGAGGAAGCGGAAUCAUUCAUAGACGACCUUGAAUGCAUUCUGCAUACAAUAAUAGCGUUACCAGACACUCGCCAUGCAACCACCCCAUCUAAACGCAAGCUCGAGGCAAUGAGUGGAGCAGAGGACAUCAGUCCACGCGAAUUGAAACGUCUAUGCAGAAUCGCGGCCUCGUCUCACAGCAUUGACCUCAACUUCGGAGCACCUCGAUUUAAGCCCGGGGCGAAGGGGAAGAUUUCCCAGAGGCAUAGAGCCAAGGCGAUUGUAGCACAAAAUUACGAGAUAACAGUCGCACUCAACGAAAGGCGCUUCUCAGAUCCUCCCGCUGACGACAAUCAACUCAACCAUCACCAAUCCCACAUCGUGGAGACCUUGGCACGAGUCAAAAUCUUCCAACGCUCUGCAUACCCAACGAUGCUGGUAGCCUACCUCCGUCAAGUCCAAAUGCAGAACGGGUUUUCCAUCCUGAACCCUGUGAUUUCUAUUGGCAGAAUACUUCCCGAUGACUCUCCUCUCUUCAGUAUUGUACAAGGUGGCCACCUUGAUCAACUGAAACGCUUACUAAUGUUGUGCCAAUGCACUCUCAGAGAUAGGGACUCAUGGGGUACACCAUUAUUGCAUUACGCCAUGGACCAGCCGGAGAUGUGCAGGUUUCUUGUCGAGAACGGCGCGGAUGUUGACGAAAUAGCGACUAGGGUAGACGAUAAAGAGUUCCAGAAGUAUGACAGCUAUUAUUCCCACUUCUUUAUUUCAAUAAAAGCCGUAAGGACCCUUCAUUAACUGUUUCCAUAUUUAGCCCACCGAUACUCCAGCAUCUAAACGAUCUGGAAGAGCGUAAUGAAAAGAAGUUGCAGGCCAUUCUAGAAUGUAGACGUGUUGUAUUGCAGGCGGGCGCAGAUCCUACUAUAAAUUCAAGUGAAUGGUCCAACUC